GACACAGUCGCCUUUUGUUGGUGCCGGCCCCAGGAGCAGGGACUGAGGCUUUGCGUCCCCUCCCUCCGCCCCCGCCGCCGGCAGGACUGGCGCCCAGCACCAGGGAUUUGGGGUUUAAAGAGCAGGCGGCAGCCACAGCCCCAGCUCACCAGCCAGGCGAGGAGCCAGGCGAGCUCCAGCAGAGCCCACGCACCGCAGCAGCCGCGGCGCCACCAGCCAGGCCCCGGCCAUGAGCCGCACGCUGCUCCUGCUCCUGCUCCUGCUACGUGGCCCCGCCGCCGGCCGCCCCCCGCCCGCUGCCACCCCCCGCCUCAAGCUGGCCUUCCCCGCAGAGCUGCGGGCUCGCCACGGGCUGCGCCUCUUUGCCCUGGAGCGCUCGUGCUGCUACGAGGCCCUGCUGCUGGAUGAGGAGCGUGGCCGCCUCUUCGCCGGCGCCCAGAACCACCUCCUCUCCCUGGCCCUGGACGACAUCAGCCAGCGGGACAGGAAGAUCUACUGGCCGGCACCAGUGGAGUGGAGGGAGGAGUGCAACUGGGCCGGCAAGGACAUCACCGCUGAGUGCAUGAACUUUGUGAAGAUACUGCACCCCUACAACCGGACCCACCUGUACGCCUGCGGCACCGGCGCCUUCCACCCCGUCUGCGCCUUCGUGGAGGCCAGCCAGCACGCGGAGGAGCCCUUCUUCAAGCUGGACCCCCGGCGCACAGAGGACGGCAAGGGGAAGAGCCCCUACGACCCCCGGCACGCAGCUGCCUCCGUCCUCGUGGGCGAGGAGCUCUACUCCGGUGUGGCCACCGAUCUGAUGGGCCGUGACUUUACCAUCUUCCGCAGCCUGGGCCAGCGUCCCUCCAUCCGCACCGAACAGCACGACUCCCGCUGGCUCAAUGAACCCAAGUUCGUGGCCGUUUUUUGGGUGCCGGAGAGCGAGGACCCUGACGAUGACAAGAUUUACUUCUUCUUCCGUGAGACGGCGGUGGAGCGGCAGCAGGGGCUGGGCAAGAUCAGCUUUGCCCGCAUCGGCCAGAUCUGCCGGAAUGACGUCGGCGGGCAGCGCAGCCUGGUGAACAAGUGGACAACCUUCCUGAAGGCUCGACUCGUCUGUGCCGUGCCGGGAACCGACGGGACGGACACUCACUUCGAUGAGCUCCGGGACGUCUUCCUGCUGCAGACAAGGGACAAGCGCAACCCCCUGGUCUACACCGUCUUCUCCACCUCCAGCUCCGUUUUCCAGGGCUCGGCAGUCUGCGUCUACACCAUGGCCGACAUCCGCCGGGCUUUCCUGGGCCCCUUUGCACACAAGGAGGGUCCCAACUACCAGUGGGUGUCGUACCAGGGGCGUGUGCCAUACCCCCGCCCGGGCAUGUGCCCCAGCAAAACCUUCGGCACCUUGGGCUCCACCAAGGACUUCCCGGACGAGGUGAUCCAGUUCGCCCGGCACCACCCCCUGAUGUACAACCCAGUGCUGCCCCACGGCCAGCGCCCUCUCUUCCUGCAAGCCGCCGUGCCCUACACCUUCACCCGCAUCGCUGUGGACCGCGUCACUGCUGCUGACGGCCACUACGAUGUCCUCUUCAUCGGCACAGAUGUGGGCACGGUACUGAAGGUGGUCUCGGCGCCCACGGAGAGCUGGCACCGCAUGGAGCCGCUGCUGCUGGAGGAGCUGCAGGUCUUCCAGGAUGCCUCCCCCAUCACCAGCCUGCAGCUCUCCUCCAAGCGGCAACAGCUCUAUGCUGGCUCAGCCACAGCACUGGCCCAGCUGCCCCUGCACCGCUGUGGUGCCUAUGGCAAAGCCUGUGCCGAGUGUUGCCUGGCCCGGGACCCAUACUGUGCCUGGGAUGGCACCACCUGCACCCGCUACGUGCCCAACACCAAGAGGCGUUUCCGCCGGCAGGACGUCCGCAACGGUGACCCCAACGUGCUCUGCUCUGAAGACCCCCGGCGGGGCAGUGUGCCCCAGAAGCAGCUCUAUGGGGUGGAGGGCAGCACCGCCUUCCUGGAGUGUGUCCCCAAAUCCCUGCAAGCCCACGUCCUCUGGACGUACCAGCGCACCCCAGAUGACCCCCAGCGAGAGGUACAGGUGGACGAGCGGGUGGUGCGGACGGAGCGGGGCAUCCUGCUGCGCAGCGUGCAGCGCGCCGAUGCCGGUCUCUACCUCUGCCACGCCACCGAGCACGGCUUCACCCAGCCCCUGCUGCGGCUUUCGCUGGAGGUGAUCGGUGCCCGGCAGGCAGCGGGCACGGCCCCCGCCGGAGACCCCCAGCUCGCCGCCGGGCCCCCCGGCCGCAAGGUCUGGUACCGGGACUUCCUCCAGCUGGUGGAGCGCCCGCCGCUGGGGGCCGCAGACCGGGUCUGCCAGCGGCUCUGGAGCCGGGGGAGACCCCCGCCGCCUGCCCGUGCUCACGCCGGACCCCCCGGCCGCGGGCAGGGCGAGGAGCCGCGCAAAGCCCGCCACCGGCGCACCCACGAGGGGCAGCGGGCCGAGCGGGGCCCCCGCAGUGCAUCCCCCUGGUGACCCCGGGGCCGGCCCCGGGUGCCGGGCUCGGCCUAGGAGCGGGGCUGCGGGCAGGGGCGAAGCCCUCCGCCGGCCUCGGCAGCGCUGGAGCUGGGCGCAGGCAGCGGCGGGGGGCUGCAGCUCGGGGGCCAGGAGGGCAGCCAGGCUGACCGCCCCCCCCCCCCCCCCGAGGGGCCGCCGGCUCCAGCACCAGUGGGGGGGGGGACCCAGCUGGCUGCUGGCACCGCAGAGUCACCGAAAUAUUUAUUAACAACUGUUACGGAUUGAAUGUAAAACUGCCCCAGCGGGGGGGCAGCGGGGCCAGGCUGUGUCCCCCCCCCCGGGCAUGGCACCGCGGGGGGAUGGGGCAGUAGGGCCACCCUCGGGUCCCAGGGGGGCUGCGGGCAGGAGCGGGACCCCAGAGGGGCAGGACGGGCGCUGAUGGGAUGCGGGGGACCCGGCAGGAGAAGGGGUGCCCGGGGA